CACCUACUACAGCGUGCAUUACAUUAUAUUUUAGAACAAGGUGGUCAGGAAACGACAAAGCUGACGAGUUCUUGUUGUGUUGAAAUAGACCCAAUUGGCUGCCAUUCAUACAUCGACAAGGGACUGGAGAUCGAUCAAUCUGCAAAUUAGAUCUGGAGGUUUAGUUGUUGUUUUCGUUUUGGCGAAGAGAGAGAAAGUAGUAGAGAGAAUGGCUGAGGCAGUUGUUUCCUUUGUGCUCGAAAGUGUCAGAGACUUCACCAUUCAGGAAGCCAACUUCUUGUCUGGAGUCAGCCGUCAAGUUGAAGCUGCACAAACUGAGCUAGAAUUCAUGCAGGGAUUCCUCAAAGAUGCAGAUGCAAGACAAGGACAAGAUACAAGAGUCCGUAUUUGUGUUGCCAAAAUUAGAGAUGUGGCUUAUGAUUUGGAGGAUGUCAUCCAAACUUAUGGCUUGAAAGUGGAUUCCAAGAAGCAGGAAAGAGGCCUCAAGAAAGUUCUCAAACGAUUUGCCAGAACCGUCAAGGAAGGGUUUGAUGUUCACAGGAUUGGGGCAGAAAUUGAGAAUAUCACUACCAGAAUUUCGGAGUUGAGAUCGAGGUUGCAGAGUUAUAAUAUCACGGAAAUACGGGACAGAGACAGUAGUGGUGGUGAAUCUUCCUUGCAAUUGCAUGAGAGGCAAGGACUACUCAGGCGAACUUAUUCUCAUGUUGUUGAACGUGAUGUUGUUGGGUUAGAGAACAACGUAGAAGGAUUGGUAAUGCAUGUAUUGAAGGAUGAAAAUCGUCAUCAAGUUGUAUCUAUUUGGGGGAUGGGCGGUUUAGGGAAGACCACCCUUGCAAGACAGCUUUAUCAUCACAAAAAAGUAAGGCACCACUUUCGUAGUUUUGCUUGGGUCUGUGUAUCUCAACGGUGUCAAGUAAGAAAUGUUUGGGAAGGAAUUCUGUUUAAACUGAUUUCUGCUACCCAGGAACAAAAACAAGAAAUUAAGGAAAUGACUUAUGAUGAAAUAGCAAAGAAGCUUUUUCGUGUCAUGGAAGAAAUGAGAUGUUUGGUGAUUCUUGAUGACAUUUGGAGUAUCGAGACAUGGAAUCUUUUGAAGGUUGCAUUUCCAAAUGUGCAAACAGAGAGCACAAUACUGCUUACUACACGCAAUCAAGCGGUAGCUUCCUUCCCAAAUAGAAAUGUUUUUCUCCACAAACUCCAGCCACUCAAUGAGAAUGAGAGUUGGGAACUACUUGUGAAGAAAGCAAUACCUGCAAGGGCUGAAAUCGACUUGGGAAUGUACAGAGACUUAGGAAGGAAGAUGCUUCAAUAUUGUAAAGGUUUGCCAUUAGCCAUCAUUGUGCUUGCCGGAGUUCUAGCCAGAAAACCCUCCAUUAGAGAAUGGGAGAGAGUGUAUGAGAAUGUUCAUGAAUACAUAAGCAGAG